AUAUGGAAUUAGCUUUCACUUUUCAGUAAAUUCGUCUACAGAAUGUACAGGAGUAAAUUCAUCAUUGUGAAUAUUUACUCUAAUUCAAGUGCAUUGAAUAUGCUAAACAAUAAGUCAUAAAAAUAAGUUAAAAUUGGGUGCAGAUGCUGCUACCUUAUUUUAUUGUUUUUUAGGUAAUCAGGGUUUACAUUAUUGUUAAACAGGAAUUUUUUUUGCAUAUAUAAGGACUUCACGUGUGUUUUGUAAAGUUUUAUUCAUUUAUGUUGAUAGCAUGGCCGAAGAUCGAGAAGUGCUUAGAGAAAUAUGGGAUGGCCAAAUACCAGUGUGUUUUCGUCUUGCUUCAGAUGAGAUCUAUACUUUGCAACAUCCAGAGCCAUUUUAUCUUAUGGUGCCUCGCUUAACAUAUUUCCCACUGGUGACUGACAAAGUACAAAAACAUUUUAGCAAUCAUGUGAAAGAUGAAAGUGUUGGAGCUGAAAUGUGGUUGGAUUAUGACAGUCAACCUCUUAAAUGGCAUUAUCCUGUAGGAUUAUUGUUUGACUUUUAUGGAGCUGAUGCUCAACUGCCAUGGAAUAUUACAGUCCAUUUUGAAGAUUUUCCAGAGUCUGAAUUAAUUCAUUGUCCUAAUAAGUUGGCAGUUCAAUCCCAUUUCAUGGCAACUGUGAAAGAAGCAAGUGCUUUAAAACAUCGCACUCAACUGGUCCAGAGCAUGGUUCCAAAGGAGCAUAAAGAACUGUGGCAAGGACUUGAGAAAGAUAAGUUUGACCAGUUUUGGGCUGUGAAUAAAAGGCUGAUGGAAAAUCCUGGAGAUCAAUAUUUUAAACACAUUCCUUUCCGCCUAUAUCAGCCAGGAGUUUCAUUAAUUCAAACUUUAAUCAAACCUGUCCAUGAAUCUGGAGAGAUGAUGACCUUAAGGGAUUUACUCAAAACUAUUGUGUCUAAUGUUAUAGAUAAAAUAGGUUCAAAAUAUAAAUUAAUUACUCAUGGAAUCAAUCCACCAUUAGACAUGCAUCUUCAAUGGAUGAGUGAACAUCUAAGCUAUGCUGAUAAUUUUUUACAUAUUGUACUUUUACCUGCUGACUGAAGAUUGUUUUUACUUGUGCAGGAAAGUAAAAUGAAAGACUAUUUAUAAAUUGUGAUCUUAAAGAUGUGCACAAUAUGUGGCUUACAAAAUAAGCAGGUUAUUUUUAAAGAAGUUCUGAAAGUUACCUCCCAGCCUAAAAAAUGGCUGUGAUGAUAAUAACAAUGUCAUUCUUACCCCAUUUCAUAUCCAUGGAUCGUAUGAUUUUGCUUUUGAAUCAAGAAGUACUGUCUUCUCGAUGGAAGUUUAAUAACACAGCGAAUAAUAACAAAAUUUCCAUUGUUAGUAAUCGCUGUGACGAUACAUAAUCAUAUAAAAUAAGAAAUCAUGGAAGGAAAUGUUUCAGUAUAUUUAUUCUAUUAGUAUAGGAAUAGUUCAGCCUUUACUGAAGAUCAUACUUCCCUCUGUGCAUAAAUAAAGUAUACUUUAAGAUUGAUUUAAAUGAUGAAGUUUUAAAAUUUUAAUCUCUUAAUUAAAUAUAGCUUGUAAAUAAGACUGUCACUUCUAAAGGUGAUGAGUAUUUCAGAGAAAAUAAUUAAUUAUAAAUACUGAAUGUCACAAAUAUUCAUAUUCUUAAGACAAAUACCACCACAGAUGAUCAAAAUCAUCUAGGAUUAAGAAUGUCCAUCUUAAUGAAGUUUCACUAUGUUUGAAAUUCUAAAAUAUUAAUGAAGAUUAUAUUAGUUAAAUGCAAUUUAGGCUGUCUAGAAUCCAAAAAUUUAAUUACUGUACAAACUAAAUAUUAAAGUAAUUAGCUUCAUACUGUGGAAUAUGUGUUUCAUAAAUAUAUGUAUCUGAACUGCACCAUUCGAGCAACUUAACAAUAGUCAUGUUAGGUAUUAUUAAGUACUUUGAAUAUUGUAUUAUUUCAAUUUUAAUGAUAAUUUUUAUAUCACAAUGCAUCAAUCUUUUAACACAGAUAUCAUAUAGCUGCUUCGUCCAAAAAUAUGAUCUGUUUCAUGUAUACUAUCAUUUUAGAAUUGAUACAUUUUACUUUUAGUAGUGUGAAGUGAUCAAAAAAUAAUCUUGCUGUUUUACUUAUUUAGUAAUUGUGUAUGAUAGAAAUGAGAAAAAUUCCACCUUCUAUCUCUACGUAUAUUUUUCUUCUUCAGAAUUAAUGAGACUGUAUAACAAAUACAUAAAAGGGCUGUUUAGAAAGUUCAUGGACAGAUGUCAUUAUCUGGAGUCCAAGUUAGUGGAUUUGAUAUGUUUUUGCUGCUAAAAUAACUAAUUUCAAACUUUAACUGCUGUUUCUAGAGAUUUACUAGCUUCUUAAACAUGAGCUGUAGAUCAUUCUCUAGAAGUCGAUAUUAAAUAACAGUUGUAGCUGCUUUCAACUCCUGGUCCAUACUAAACUUCCUACCAUUUAAUUAAUUCUUAAAUAUCUAGAAAGCUUAGAAAUCACAGAUUCCUAGGUCUAAGUUGUAUGAAGGAUAGCUUAGAGACUAAACACCAUUUUUUCCUCCCCAAAACUUCAGCCUUUUUUAAUGCUAUAUAUAGUCUAGCAUUAUCCUGCAAAGAGAUCUUCCUUAUAAAGCAGUCAGUUUUUAUUUUUUUAUAAAUAAUUUGUUUCAAAACAUUAAGCUAAUAAUAUUAUUCUACAUUUUAUUUCUUUGGAUCCCAGUGCUGUAAUACCAAAGAACAAGAAGGGGGGAAAAAAGGCAAGUUCUUGCACAUGCAAUGUAAAAUAGUUUGACCGCCUUGGCGAUUUUGGAAUCCAAGCUUAUAUGCGGUAAAGCAAACAUGCUGGGUGCAGGUGAAAUUCAUUCACAGAGAGUUAGUAUUACUAGCGAAGUGCAAAGCAAAUACAUAAAAUUUAGAAUACAUAAAAUGAGAAUUAGUUUUUGCUAUCGUUUAUUUCUUGAAAUUUUUGUUCUGCAGUAUGCUCUACAUCUUUUGAUUUUACAGGAACUUUUUUUUUUUCAUAAUUAUUCACUUUUUUACUUAAACAUUUCAUAAAUGAUUACUAUUAUUUUAAUAUUUCUAAUGUAAUUACUAUUUAAAAUUAUAUCUAUAUGUUAGCUAUACAUUUCCAUAAAAUAAAUGUAAAAUUCGUUAUUAUUUAAAAAGUAAAAAACAGCAAGCAGGGUAGCUGGAAAUCAUGCAGGGAGUCUUGGUACUCACCCUUCUAAGUACUGAUCACAUCCUUUGACUUCUUGGUGUAGGGCAACGGCAAAAAAUGAGGUUUUUACCUCUGGCCUAGGAGUAUCAGGAUAAAAAAUCAAAGUAAGACUCAGGUUUAAAUGUUAUUUUGGAAUACUCAUUUCUUCAAAGAUCAGGAAUAAAUACACUUUUUUCAUUGCCAUUUCAGCAUGCAUUAACUAUUCUAAGUUGUUAUUAAUCUGGAAUUGCUUUCAAAGGCGUUUUUGAGCUCCCUUAUUAUGCAAAAGAAUUUGAUGAAAUUUUUAUUGGGACUGGUGUUAUUAACUGCUUCAGAAUAUAAUUUAAAUUUUAACGUAGGAGUAAAUUUGGAAUUGUUUCUGUUGGAAGCUAUUAUUUUGUCUUUGUCAGGAAUAGGAUUUCUAGGAUUAUCCAUUUUCUGGGGAAUGUUAUUAUUAGGUUGGGAGGUUGGUUUUGAUGAACAGCUGUUGGUUUCUAAAGUAUAGUAGAAAAUCUGCAUUGCUUGAGAAAAUUUAUUAUUGAGGUACUCCUAAAUGUUUCUGAUUUCUUUAAUAGUCAGAAUUAUAAUUUUGAAAUACAACAUUUCAAUGAGAAUAAAGUUUUCAUUUAAAAAAGUCGUUCUUCACUCGUGAUUUUUCAUUAUGAUUGAUGUUUUCAAAUGGAUUUUAAUGUAACAUUUGCAACUAAAGAUAUUUCUAACAUGAAAAGGAAUAAGAAAUAAAAAUUUAUGUACUUUUCACACCCAGCACUGCUGGAGCAAAAUUCAAUAUUCCUUUCCAUUAUAACUUUGCAAAACUGUACAUGGCAAGCUUUAACACGUUGAAACAAGCUUAAAAAUGAUGUUUUUAAAUCAUUCAAUAUUGUGCUGCGAUGUUGUGUUGGUGGUUUUUGCUCACAUGUAUUGAGGAAUUUCAAGACCCAUCUUUAGGCCUGUAAAGUUUAUCAUAUGUAAUACUUAUUUUCAACUGAAUCUUUCUCUGCAGCAUUACUGUGUCAUCAUAUUUCUUUUCGUAUUCAUAUUCCUUAGUUCCAGCCACACACACACACACACACACACACACACACACAAACAAAAAAAAAAAAAAAAUUCUCUGAGAAGUUGGAAAUUUUGAAGAAGGCAAGGAGUCACUGUGUUUUUAAAUGCUGAAUUCAUACUUUGAUUUGGGUUCUUAUUCUAGGAGUGAUCAUUCUGUUCAUUUGAACAUCCCUAGUUUUUGCUGGGAAUCUUUUACCACUCAUUGAAGAAAUCCUGUGUAGCAAGGAAGCUUCUGUUCUUUAUUCAGUAAAUGUAUAUUCAUCUUGAGGAAGUAUGAGAUAAUUUCAAGUCGUUCUUAAAAAUAUUGUGACAUUUUGCUAUGCAGGAAUAAGUUUAACUGUCAAUUCAUGAACCAAUAAAUAUAUGUCUGCAUUGAACAAUGUCUUGCAGAUAUUAAUGAGCACUUACUUCUAAACUCAGUUGCACACUGAAUUUGACUUUUUUGGAAUGCUUACUUUAUUGAGGCUAAUCUGCUCAUUUUUUCCUCAGUGUCCUCUUUGAUCUUUGAAAUGCUUGCUGGCUGUUUUUGCAUAAUUUGAUUUAAAAUUAAUUUGCAAUCUUUUGUCUAGUAAUCAUUAGUAUAUUCUUUUCAUCCACUUCUGUGAUGCAUACUAAGUUAGACUUUUACAGUAAGUAAGCAAAUAACAAUUAUAUAGUAUCUUUACCCAUAUUAACCCUCUUAGUGUUAUGGUCAUAAAAUUCUGUAUAGAAGGUUGGCUUUGUUAUUCAUCACACAUGAAAACUUCUGCCAACUUUUAAUGUAACAGAUUUCAAUUAGAUGUAUAUUGGAGGAAAAGGAAUAAAAGUACAAAGCGAGAGAGUCAUUUUUUUAAAUAUAAUAAAAAAAUACCAUUUUUUCAUGAUGUUUUGAGGAACUUUUAAAAUUUUAGGGCUAAACCUAUAAUGCUUGGAAGGUUAGCAAAGCAUGGCAAGGGAUGUCUUCGUGGGCCACAGUUGCAGAAUUGCAUUUAUAGAAUUGACAAAGUCUGCCUACUUUUGAAAGAGCCCUUAUAAAAUAUGGUAUAUGAUCUAAAAUGAGAACUAAGAAGUAAAUAUGGUUUUUUAUGUAAUAUACAGAAUGUAGAUAAAUGGUACAUUUCAUAAAUUAAAAAAAAUUUCUCAUUUGAACGUAAAUGUAUAAUAGUUAUGUGAUUGCCAUUCAUUUUAAAUUUAUUCUAUUUAAGUGAUGAAUAAUUAUUAAAAUCUCCAUUAAUAUAUGGCUGUUUCAAAGAAUUAUACUUUUAUACUAGAAGCUGCCAUAAUGUAAGUUAUGAUUGCUUCUGGUAUAAAAAAAAUAUUUUUUUAAUUAUGUUUUUUUUUAAAACAUAAUUUUUUUAAGAAAAUGAGCAGGUUAAAGUUAACUAAAUAAUAAUGUUUGCUUUUCAGUUGAAGAUUUUUCAUAUGCCAAUAAUCGAGCUAUGUGAGAAUAUGUAUAUGUAUACCAAGCACAUGUUGAAAUUUUUCGAAUAAGAAUUAAAUAAAUGCUUUUUCAAUUAA